GUGAAAUCACAUCAAUUUGUUGCAAUACAUUGAUCUGGACACGCAAUCUAGAGCUAGACUACAAUUGGAAACCUGGAAGCAAUUUAUGGCUUUCUUGUCCUAGAAUAGAACACAGUAGUGCGCAUUCACGACUCCGAAAGUGUGACCCUUAAGCUGGCAUAUCAUGUUGUUGACGUCUAAUUUCUCGAGCGAAUCUCCAUCUAUUGCUUGUGGUGUACACUUUCAAAAUACAAUCGGUUUUACAGAAGUAGAUGAUUAUGAUACAUGGCAAAGAUAUCCAAAUUAUGAUUAUCAAAUGGCUUAUACAAGAAGAUAUCCAGAUUAUCAUAAACGUGGAUUACGUAAUAUGCGUAUGGGUAAACGAUCAAUUUAUGAACAUAUGAAAUCUAUACCAACUGAUUAGAUCAUAAUAACUCUUACUUAUCAUCAGUAUUGUUUACAGAAUAAUAUUGGACAUAUAAUAAUAAUACUUAUUGUAUUGUUUGUUUAUAUGAAUGGAUUCGAUAAAUAAAGAUGAAGGGAAAUUUUUUUCUUCUUUUUCUACAUAAAAUUGUCAAUAUGUUGCUAACGGCAUUGACUUAUGUGUUACUAUGCAAUUUAUCUAUCUAUAUACAUAUACAUAUUCAUAUAUAAGAGUUUAUGCUCCAUUACAAAGUAUAUCUAUGUGCAAUAAUUGAAAUGUAAUU